ACACACAUCGUCUUUUUCCCGAUCUCGCGUCCUUUGUGUUUACUGUCCCGCUAUAAUUUUGUUUUUAUUCGGAAAUCUGCUAUUCUCCAGUCGCAAACAUGCCUCGUGGAAAGAAGAGACUGCCAGGAGAAGAAGGAGAUAGUAGGCCUAGGAAAAUUAAGAAACCCAAGCUGAAACAAGUUCGUCAAGCAGCCGAAAAUCAACAACCGAGAGAGACAAUCAAAUUGAAGGAUUCUCCUUUUGUGGGUACCCUCCUUUUCAGUGGAGGCACAAACUGGGACCUGAUCGGCAGAAACAGAUUGCCCAAAGCAGCUGCAAGCAGACCAAUAAUUGGUGGAAGGAACCUGUGGGGUCCGCAUCGACUCUCUGCUCUUGACGGGAUCCGGGUCCGCAAUGUCCAUUCUGGACCGAGCUCUUGCCACAGUGUUAUCAUCACAGAGGAAGGGAAAGCCAUGACAUGGGGUCGUAAUGACAGGGAACAACUCGGUCAUGGCGAUGACUACAGGAGGGACGCCCCUACGCUGGUUGAAGGACUCAAGGAUCAUCACAUUGUUACUGCCUCGUGUGGACGCAACCACACAAUGUGUUUAACAGAUGAGGGCACAGUGUUUUCAUUUGGUGAUAACAGAAUGGGCCAGUGUGGAAUCGGUGUUCAAAGCUCCACUGUAGGCACGCCAUGUAAGCCAAACUACUAUGGAUCCCCUAUUGUCAAGGUAGCCUGUGGAGCAGACUUCAGUAUGAUCCUGGAUUGUAAAGGGGUCAUUCACUCAUUCGGUAGCCAGGAAUACAGUCAAUUAGGUCACAAUACAAAUGGGCAAUACAGCGUAACAGCCACCAAGCUAUCUUCAGAAUGUGUCUCAACUCCCAAGAAAGUCACAUGUUUCUUAGAAAAGGGACGGGAAGGAAUCAAAUACAUCGAGAGCACAGUCAUCAAAGACAUCGCAUGUGGGAACAACCACUCGAUUGCCAUCGACAUGCAGAACAGGGUGUUCACAUGGGGUUUUGGCGGAUACGGUCGCCUAGGACACCAGAAGCCUGAUGAUGAACCAGUCCCAAGGAGCAUCAAGUUCUUUGACAUGAAGGGCGUAGCAAAAAUCAACGCAGGAUCGAGCUACAGCAUGGCGGUUACAGAACAUGGUCAGUUGUACUUCUGGGGUCAAGCCAAGACCUCGGGGGAAGCCACCAUGUACCCCAAACCUGUCCAUGACCUUAUUGGCUGGAAAGUCAGGAGCAUGGGUUGCAGCAAUCAUUCCAUCGUCAUCGCCGCCGAUGAUGACGUCAUCAGCUGGGGCCCAUUUCCGACGUACGGCGAGCUCGCCUACGGAGAGGGCGACCCCAGAUCCUCGACGACUGCCAAAAGAUCACGGCCACUUGAAAACAUCUACAUCCACCACCUUACUUGUGGAUCAGGCCACUCCCUCUUCAUCGCUCGUGACGAAACCGAAACGGACAAAGAAGAGCUCGCGAAGCUUCCAGUAUUCACACCGGGGAGUUAAGAAACCGAAGACCACGCAACAUUCGUGCAAGAGGUGUGAAUGAUAGAGGUUCUGUUUUUUUGUUUCUUGUUUUUGUUUGUCCGUUUUUUGUAUCAAGUGAAGAAUAAUUGUUUACAAUCACAGGAAACCAGGGUUUAAAUAUCAGAGAUUGCCUUAGAAUUUAUAUAGUACAACUCGUUGAGAUGUCGAUAUUAUGAAUCCUUUUUACAUGAAUUUUAAAAAAAAAUACCGUUUGUAAUUGCCAUUGGUCGCUUAAAUAAAGGAGACUCGCCUCUUUGAUUUAUCUCACAUGGAUGCCAUCCAUCACAUAGCUCUGGAUCUGUUUCAUGUUUGAGAAGUCGAUGAAAUGUAGUCCACACUAUUUCAUCUUUCAUUGAACUUCUCAGAAGAUGCAAUAAAUAAAUUGAAGUGAAUAAAAUAAAAGUGAACUACUCAGUUAUAUGAAAUUAGCAGUAAAGGCCUGGUCCCACUGGCCGACGGACGCAAAACGUAUUUAUAACGGAUACAUCGUACAAGCAAAAUUUCAGAGUGGCUCCAUCCGUUUUCAUCCACUUCAGACAAUGGACAAAAUGGGCGAACAAUGAAAUCACAGUGUACAAAUGCUUGAUGGAUCUAGAGCAUAUGAAACACGUAUGCAAAGAGUAAACAAUGGAUACAUUACCUUUUCCGACAGAUAGCAAGAUUCUUUCCAUUUUACGUCCUCUCUGCAUCCGUAAGUGCAGUGGACCAAGCCUUAAUAUCAAUCACAUCCUUUGCACAAUGAUUCAGUCAAUGAUUAUGUGCAAAGACCGAAUUAUAAAAAAAAAUACAUAAAAGAAGAUAGUUUUAUGAACUUCUUGGACAUCUGGCAAGGUUUACAUUUACUUUUCUUUCGCCCCAACAAAUGAAUUGAUUGUCAAUACCAGAGCUGAGCUAAGCUGUCUUAUUACUUGAUUGCUAAAUAACUAUAAA